GAUUCAAACACAACGACAUCAUCCACAACGGAUUCAACUGUAACGGACUCAAACACAACGGAUUCAACUGUAACGGACAUAAGCACAACGACAUUACCUCCAAGUACGAGUACCAUUGCAAGUAUUGAGGAAUAUCCAAACCGAUUGACUGAGGGAAAUAAAACAUGUAUAUUAUCGAGAAUGAAGAUAUCGAUAACCGUAUCGUACAACACAAAAGACGACAAGGUCGAAAAGAAAACUAUAGAUGUACCAUCUAACGCAACAAUCAGCGGUACAUGCGGUAGCACGAAUUCUAUUAUGAAUUUCAUUUGGUCUACCUCUGAGAACCUUUUAAAUGGGAGAAUUUUCAGCAAUUUGGAUCUCGAAGAAAAUGAAGUUUCUUUCUUAUUCAAGAAGACCGAUUCUACGUACGCGGUUGAUAAAAUCAGUGUAAAUAUCACUUUAGACCCUGAAAAUUUUCCAAAUGCAAGAGAUUCCAAGAUAUCACAGACAACCGAAAAUAAUCUUUCAUUGUUCAGUACUUCUGCGAAUGGUAAAUACGUGUGCGGUGUUCAAACCUUCGUUACUACCGAAAAUAUGGAAUUAUCGAUCCAAGAUGUCAAUUUGAUAGCUUUCAUAGAAAAUAACGAUAUCUCUUCGAGAUCUGAGGAAAAUUGUGUUGCAACUUCGAACGUUGGUGCAAUAGUUGGUGGUGUUAUCGGUGCUUUGGCAGUGAUCGGUAUCAUUGGAUUUAUCAUUUGGCGACGAAGAAAGAACACGACUGCUCGUUCGGAAGUUGCAUAAAAGAGGAGGAAAAGAAAAUUUGAAAAAUAGAAAAAAUAAAACAAACCAAAAAAAAAAAAACAGAA